CGAUCGCUCCCCGCCCUGCGCGCCGCCAUUUUUGGAGGGUGGGAGGAGAAAGGCACGGAGGCGCGGCGGGAUGCUGGCUGGAUCUGUCGGCAGUCUGCAGCACGCUGGGGCCGGGGUAGCAGAACCUGCCGGCGCUGUUCCUCUAGCUGCUUCUCCGGAAUGAGGCCUCAGCGGCCGCGAGGGACAACCCGGCUCCUGCUCAGAGCGAAUCCUAGGAGAGGCCGAAGCCGACGCGAUGCCAGGGAAGCUGAAGGUGAAGAUAGUGGCCGGGCGCCAUUUGCCGGUGAUGGACCGCGCCAGUGACCUAACGGACGCCUUCGUGGAGGUAAAAUUUGGUAACACCACCUUUAAAACAGAUGUGUACCUCAAGUCACUGAACCCUCAGUGGAACUCAGAAUGGUUCAAAUUUGAGGUGGACGAUGAAGAUCUACAGGAUGAGCCCCUACAGAUCACAGUUCUCGACCAUGAUACCUACAGUGCAAAUGACGCCAUUGGGAAAGUGUACAUUGAUAUCGACCCUUUACUGUACAGCGAAGCGGCCACAGUCAUCUCAGGGUGGUUCCCAAUUUAUGACACCAUCCAUGGUAUCCGUGGAGAAAUCAACGUCAUUGUCAAAGUAGACCUCUUCAAUGAUUUAAAUAGAUUUAGACAGUCAUCGUGUGGAGUCAAAUUCUUUUGCACAACAUCUAUCCCCAAGUGCUAUAGAGCUGUGAUAAUUCAUGGAUUUGUAGAAGAGCUCGUGGUCAAUGAAGACCCUGAAUAUCAGUGGAUUGAUCGGAUUCGCACACCAAGGGCAUCAAAUGAGGCCAGACAGAGACUGAUUUCUUUAAUGUCAGGUGAACUUCAGAGAAAGAUCGGCUUGAAAGUACUUGAAAUGAGAGGAAACGCAGUCGUUGGGUACUUACAGUGCUUCGAUCUGGAAGGCGAGUCUGGGUUAGUGGUACGAGCCAUAGGAACAGCGUGCACGCUGGAUAAAUUAAGUAGCCCAGCAGCAUUCCUUCCUGCAUGCAAUUCCCCAUCCAAAGAAAUGAAGGAGCUUCCCUUCAAUGAAGAUCCCAAUCCCAACACUCACUCAUCAGGACCCUCAACCCCUCUGAAAAACCAAACUUAUUCCUUUUCACCCUCCAAGGCCUACAGCCGACAGUCCUCCUCCUCCGACACAGAUUUGAGUCUGACACCCAAGACUGGAAUGGGAAGUGGUAGUGCUGGAAAGGAAGGGGGGCCACUCAAAGCUCUUUUACGACAACAAACUCAGUCAGCGCUGGAGCAGAGGGGAGCAUCGCCUCGUAGGUUCUGUGGAAGGCCGGAAUUUCCAUUUUUCACCUUGACGGCCUUUCCUCCUGGAUUUCUCGUGCACGUUGGUGGUGUUGUUAGUGCACGUUCUGUGAAGCUUUUAGAUCGAAUCCACAAUCCUGCCUUUGUCGGAAUUAUGGGUAACACAAGAUCUUACAAACUGCUAGACUGGAAUAGUUUCAAUUCAGAUGAACCAGAAACUCGAGAUGCCUGGUGGGCAGAAAUCAGACAAGAAAUAAAGUCACAUGCUAAAGCAUUAGGCUGCCAUGCUGUGCUGGGCUACAGCGAAUCAACCAGCAUCUGUGAGGAAGUCUGUAUUUUAUCAGCAUCUGGCACAGCAGCUGUACUGAACCCUCGAUUCCUGCAGGAUGGCACUGUGGAGGGCUUUUUGGAACAGAGGAUUGAAGAAAGCUUGCCUGUCGGCUGUGGGUUUUGCCACAUCCCAUAUGAUGAAAUGAACAUGCCAUUUCCAGCUCAUCUCACAUACUGCUACAGCUGCAGGAAACAAAAAGUUCCCGACGUCCUCUUCACAACUAUAGACCUCCCAACCGAUGCAACAGUUGUAGGGAAAGGUUGUCUUAUUCAAGCAAGGUUGUGUCGCUUGAAAAAGAAAGCGCAGGCCGAAGCCAAUGCCACAGCUCUGAGUAACCUCUUGCCGUUCGUGGAAUACGAAGUGCACACUCAGCUGAUGAAUAAGCUCAAGCUCAAGGGCAUGAACGCGUUGUUUGGACUGAGGAUUCAGAUCACAGUGGGUGAAAACAUGGUCAUGGGCUUGGCUUCGGCCACAGGUGUGUAUUUAGCAGCUUUACCCAUGCCUGGCGGUAUUCAGAUUGCUGGGAAGACUCCUAAUGAUGGCUCCUAUGAACAGCAUGUCUCCCAUAUGCAGAAGAAAAUCAAUGACACCAUUGCUAAGAACAAAGAAUUAUAUGAAAUCAAUCCUCCGGUAAGUAAAGAAAUAUCUGAAGAGAUUAUAGGAUCACCCAUCCCGGAACCUAGACAGCGUUCAAGACUUCUAAGAUCUCAGUCAGAAAGUUCUGAUGAAGUUACAGAAUUAGAUCUUUCACAUGGGAAAAAGGAUGCUUUUGUUUUGGAGAUUGAUGACACGGACGCCAUGGAGGAUGUGCAUUCUCUCCUUACUGAUGUUCCUCCUCCUUCAGGCUUUUAUAGCUGUAAUACAGAAAUUAUGCCUGGUAUAAAUAAUUGGACAUCAGAAAUACAGAUGUUCACGUCAGUGCGAGUGGUCAGACUCAGCAGCCUUAAUCUGACCAAUCAAGUUCUCAACAAGAACUUCAAUGACCUCUGUGAAAAUUUGCUCAAGAGCUUGUAUUUUAAACUACGGUCUAUGACCCCCUGUUGCCUUUGCCAUGUGAAUUUUACAGUAUCCCUGCCUGAAGAUGAAUUAAUUCAGGUUACAGUUACUGCAGUUGCAAUAACUUUUGACAAAAAUCAGGCUUUACAGACCACAAAAACCCAUGUUGAAAAGUCACUACAAAGAGCCUCCACAGAUGUUGAAGAACUUCUGCAGUUCCCAUUGGAGCUCUGUUCGGAGUCACUUCCUUCCCAGCCCUUCCCACCAGCUAAAGAACACCUGGAGAGUGCAAGUUCUAACUCAGGUAUACCAGCUGCACAGAGAGCAACGUCAGUUGAUUACAGUUCCUUUGCAGACAGAUGCAGCAGCUGGAUAGAGCUCAUUAAACUGAAAGCUCAGACCAUAAGGCGCGGAUCAAUUAAGACAACGGUCACAGUCGAAAAAGCGAGUCCAGUGGGUGAAGGAAAUUUCCGAAAUCGGUCUGCUCUGCCGUGUGCAAAUUCCACAGUUGGGGUUGUUAAGAUGACACCGCUUUCUUUUGUUCCUGGAGCAAAAAUAACUAAAUACCUUGGGAUAAUUAACAUGUUUUUUAUUAGAGAAACAACUUCUCUUCGUGAGGAAGGAGGAGUCAGCGGUUUUCUCCACGCUUUUAUUGCUGAAGUCUUUGCAAUGGUGAGAGCUCACGUGGCCGCAUUGGGAGGAAAUGCAGUUGUUUCCUACAUUAUGAAGCAGUGUGUCUUCAUGGAGAAUCCAAACAAGAACCAGGCGCAGUGUCUCAUAAAUGUAAGUGGUGAUGCAGUGGUUUUUGUCCGUGAAUCUGACUUAGAAGUGGUUUCAACUCAGCAACCUGCUGUCAGCUGCCAGCCGUUAUGUAGUGGAGCCGAAGUCACAACCUGAGGACAGCUAGGAAGAAAGAGCUCAGCCCACCCAGCGUCAUCUCCCCAUUGCUUGUCAUCGUCAUCAUGGACAAAAGAAAAACUCAAUUUGGGAUAACCAAGAAGGGACGAUAUGAGCAGAUUUGGUUCAUGUAGAUGGUCCUGGAGGCCUGAGAAUUCUAAUCUUGAUUUUUCAUUUGCCUUGUCUAGACAGGCCCCGUGGAAUCUAGCACCUUCAGUUGUGGGAGUUGUUUGUAAUUUAUGUUGAUUUUAAUAAAAUCGUAAGUUAAAAAUGAAUUGGAGGAAUAUUCAGGAACUAGAAUAGGUAACUCUUGUAAUUUAGAAAAACUAAACAAGAAGUCCAGAUCGCUAAUGAGUAAGUAGUUGAUUUGAAAAAUAUGUUUGGAAAAUGGAGGAAACUACUUUGUGUUUUCAGAAAACUACUGUGUGAACUUCAGCUCGUUUAGGGAGCUGAAAGGAGAAGGCACUGCAGCCAUCUUUGUAAAGGAAGCAAAAAUUCUACAACUUGUAUCUGUAAUCCAGCCCAACUUUGUAAAAGAACUUUCGUUGAAAGUUUAAUAUCGAAGAGGGAGGGGAAGCAUUGUAUCAUUUCAUAACUGGCUAUGUUUGAGUUCCUAUUUAAUUUAUUUUGAAGAGGCUUGGCUUCCAUGGGAAGAAGCCAUCCUUGAAAUCUG